AUGGAAGUUUUACUUUUAUUCAAUAAACUUCCAAAUCGAACAGUUAAACAAAUGCAAGAUAAAACACAAAUCAAAAUUGAUUUACUCCUACAAAUUCUUUGUCGUUUAUUGAAAAGUAAACUGAUCAAAUGUCCUGAAAUUCAUGAUGAUCAAUUUGAAAAAGAUUUAAAAGAAACGGAUAUUAAAUUAAAUUAUAAUAUUCGGAUAGCUCAUGAUUUUAAGAGGUCAGUAUGUAUUGUUAAUUAUUUAGUGAAGACUUUAUAA